UGUACAAACCUACCACUGCGUCUGGCUGUCUAUUUUAAGGUUACGCACACGCAACUCUGGAUUUGUUUUUUUGUGUGCGAGUGACGCAAUACCGCAAGAGCCGAAUGCUGCGUCGUCGCUAGGAUACCUGACAGACGCGCUGUGUUUCUUGGAGUCCACACCAACAAACCAACGAGGAAACUCAUACAUUGUGUGAGAAAGCUGUUUUAAUUGACCAAAUGUGUACAUUUUGCGGAGCAGUCUGGUGAAUUUUAAGACUUUUAAAACCAACCAGUGUACUUUCACUGUACCUUCACCCUGUAGUGUUUUUUUAUUUUUUCUGUGAACUAUUUUUUUUUUUACCUGGAAUUAGAAACCAACAAAAAAGAAACAUGACGGAGGAAAAGGCCCAAAAGACAGAUGUUGAAGAAAAUGCCUUUGAGACCCUAGAAAGGGAUUUCCAGGAAGUUCUCCACGAGCUAAUGGGAGAUAAAAGCCUGGAGAAGUUCCGGGUUGAGUAUGAGAAGCUCCACAAAGCCUUGAAGAAAUCCCAUGAAAGCGAAAAAAGACUCAUGUCAAAAUGUAGGGAACUAAAUUCUGAAAUAGUAUCUAAUUCUGUCAAAGUAGCAACAGCGUUGAAAUUAUCACAAGAAGAUCAGACAACAAUUGCUUCACUGAAAAAGGAGAUAGAAAAAGCUUGGAAAAUGGUGGAUGCAGCUCAUGAAAAGGAACAACGUGCUAAAGAGACCAUUCAUGCCCUGAAACAGGAGAUUGCUAACCUGACAAAGCUGGUUGAGCAGGGGGCUGGCUUGUCUGUGGGCCAAGAACACAGUGUGAAGGACUUACUGAAAAUCAAAGACGAACUAACAAAGGAAAGAGAUGAACUACUGACUGAAGUAGUGAACUUAAGAGACGGUCUAACCCAGGCUACAGCAAAGCAACAAGAGAUUGAGGCCUGGAAAGAAGAAGUGUCUGAGAAUAUGACCCAGCUCCAGCAGGACAUCCAGGUGAGCCAGAAUGAAUGCUCCCGUGAGGCUCGGAGAAAGGAAAAACUGGAAAAGGAGAUAAAGCAAAUGCAAGCUGAACUGGACACUAAACAGGCAGAGAUCAAAACGCUGACUCUGCACAACCAGCGGGGUAAAGAAGAGCAGCAGAGGAUGGAGCAGCAGCUGCGGGAACAAAAGAUUCUAAAUGAAAGGGCCUCAAAGGAGCUAGAACAACUGCAGGUCAGAAACACCAAAAUCCAACAGGAGAAUGAUCAGAAUGCCAUAAGCUUGGACCAAUUGGCACAAGAGAAUCAACAACGGGCAUCAGAUCUUAAGAUGAAAGAAGAGGAGGUGACUCACAUGCGGCAUGAGAUAUCCAAACUAACCAAGAUGAGAGAGAGCACCCAAAGGAAGUUACGUCAGAUAGAAGAUCAAAAAUUAGAUGUGGAACAGCUAAGGGACAUGCUGAAAAACCAGAUCACUGGGCUGGAGAGAGAAUUGGAAUCCAAGAAGAAACAAGCAGAGACUGAUAAGAAAGCAAUAGAAGAACUGGUGCGAGAAAGAGACAUCUUAAACAAGAACAUGCUGAAGGCUGCAGGUGCCACCCAGAAGCAGUUAAACCUAGUGAAGCUCCACGAGCAAACUAAGAAGAACCUGGACCAGGAGAUCCAGAACUACAAGGAGGAGGCCCAGAAACAGAGAAAGAUCAUUUACCAGCUAGAGAAGGAGAGGGACCGCUACAUCAACGAAGCGAGUGAACUAACACAAAAGGUCCUGCAGCACAUGGAAGAUAUUAAAGUGAGGGAAAUGCAGAUCUUCGAUUAUAAAAAGAAAAUUGCUGAGGCAGACACAAAGCUGAAGCAGCAACAGAACCUGUAUGAGGCAGUGAGAUCUGACAGGAACCUCUACAGCAAGAACCUCAUUGAAGCACAGGAUGAGAUUACAGAAAUGAAGAGGAAGUUGAAGAUAAUGAACCACCAGAUUGACCAGAUGAAAGAGGAGAUUAGCGGGAAGGAGGCAGCCCUGGUGAAGGAACAUAUGGAGCAUCAGCGUGUGGAGAAGGAGAAAGAGGCACUCAAGGCUGAGCUGCAGAAGAUGAAACAGCAGGCUCAGGAGACAAAGCAGUUCAUUGACAAUCAGGAGGUAGAGGAGAGAAAGCUGCUGAAGAUCAUUGCUGAUGCUGAUACUGAAAGACUCAGACAGAAGAAGGAAUUGGAUCAGGUAAUUAGUGAGCGGGACAUUCUAGGCACACAGCUGGUGCGUCGCAAUGAUGAGCUGGCCCUGCUCUACGAGAGGAUUAAAAUCCAGCAGUCCAUGCUGAACAAGGGGGAGACACAGUAUAACCAGAGGGUAGAGGACAUUCGCCUGCUCAAGCUGGAGAUCAAGAAGCUGAGGCGAGAGAAAGGCAUCUUGACUAAAACAGUGGCUAAUGUGGAGGAUCUCAGACGGGAGGUUUACCACAUGCAAAGGGAACUUUUGAAAGAACGGACCAGGUGCAGGGCUCUGGAGGAAGAACUUGAAAACCCCAUGAAUGUACAUAGAUGGAGAAAACUAGAGGCCAGUGACCCGAGCACUUACGAGCUGAUCCAAAAGAUUCACACCUUACAGAAGAGACUGAUUACAAAGACUGAGGAGGUUGUGGAAAAAGAGUUACUAUUACAGGAGAAAGAAAAGCUGUAUGUAGAAUUGAAGCACAUUCUGGCCCGGCAGCCUGGACCCGAAGCAGCAGAGCAAUUGCAGAUUUACCAGCAGACACUGAGGGAAAAGACCAAGCAACUCAAGGUUUUAUCAUCAGAGCUGAACAUGUAUGAGUCUCAAACGCAGGAUUAUAAAUAUGAGAUUGAGAGAUUGGCCCAGGAGCUACAAAAUGUCAAGAAGAAGUAUCUUAUUCAAAAACGCAAGGAGCAGCAGGAAAGGGAGAAAGAGAGGAUUCAAGUGGGACCACCUUUAAUUCAACCUCAGCAGACAGACGGACCACACUUUACAGGGGGAGGUUUCAGCCUCAAGCAUAGCGGGAAGAUACCAGCAUAAAGCCCUCCCUGUCAUCCAGCUGUGUCUGUCAAAUUAAAUGAAUCUCUGUUGUAGUUAUCAGAAUGAUUUUAGCAUAAAAAAGUUUGAAUUAGAUUUUCAUUACAAAAAAAAGCAUCACUUUACAGCUGACAUGCUGGUGUGUGUUUUUAUUUUACACUAAAGGGACGGUAUAAACAUGAUUACCAAGAUGCUUUGGCUAAAUCAGAAACAGGAUGCCAGCCUCCAAGUAUCUGGAAAUGUUAACACAUUUCUGCUGAGGAUUGUCUCUCACAGUCUUGAAAUUGAAGAUUUUUGACACAUCUUACUGAUAAAGCUUUGGAAAGAAAAGCUGGGUGUUCCUGUACAGUGGCAUUACAUCCCAGCUGAUGUUGCUCUUUCUUUCUUUCUUUCUUUGGGUUUAAAGCCAAUAUGUUCCUGCUUAGUUUGUGACGUUUCUGAUAUAAUAUGAUAUUUAUUCAGUCUCCCGUCAUAUCAUGAACUCCAUCAAAUGAUUGCAACAUCUGUCUCAAAAAGAUGAAAGACAUUUUGUUUUUUUACCAACCUUCCAAACAGGGAGAAACAAAAACUUAAAAUUAUGUUUGGCUUAUAUAAAUAUUAGUACCAACUAAAAUCUGACUUCUGUUUUAAGUAACUGAAUAAGAAUUUAGAGUGAUCAAAGAGGUAAUAGAUGAAAUAAAGGCCCGAAGUAAACACUUUGGGCUAAAUGUACAACACUUUUUGUGUUAUACUUCAGUUUAAGGAUGUGUGCCACUACCGUAUUUGUGUUGUUUGUUGUUUGUCAAAAAACUUAUACCUUGCAUACUAUAAAUAACAGCUGUAUCCUUUUUUAAAUUCAUUUCUCAGAAUGUUAGACCCUUCCAUUGUUAUCUAGCAGCAUGCAGUGCAGAGUUGUUUGGCAUAUACCCAACAAGGAUGAUAGCAGAUCAGAGAGUACCUUUGAUGGUGCUGCAGUUAUUCCUACUGAAAGGAGAGUUUAUUCAACCCCAGUGAAUAACAUAAUUUUGGAAUUCAUUGACCAUUCUUCAGACAAAGUACAGAUAGGGCAAUCCUCAAUACAAAGGAUGUCACUACAAUCCACGGUUUGGCUUUUAAAAUGGCUGGUAAUGUAUUCAUUUCCAUAUGGAAUGUGAAGUUUAACCCUAAGAAAAUAACAACAAUAUAAUAUAACUCAUUGAAAAUAAAUAUACAUUUUCAUUCAAGUUCUUAAUUUUUUCUCAUUAAAUUGACGGCAGUAUAUAUUCCGAGAGACGAGAAGACUCCCGUUUUACUCAUCCACUGGACAAACAUGCUACAUGGCAUUAUACAUUAAAUUAACAGUGACAAAUAGGCUAUUCAAAGAAAAUACAAUUGUAACAAUAUACAACUAUCAAGUUAUAACUUAUUGUAGUUGCAGAAGGGACAAGUAAAUGUUCUGAAUAGUUUCUUGCUAGUUUUACGGUGUUCGAAUUUGCCUUUUACUUAUCAUCUUCAAAAACAGGGCCCACUCUGAGUGUAUCUCUUUUUAAUGGUAAAAAACAUUAUUAAUUUAACAAAAAUAGAGACAAAUAUCUAAAUAGUAUAAUUUAAUGUUUUGUCAGGUCUGUUUCUCAUUUUAUACCAUUAAGAAACAAUAGUAUCCAUUGAAAUUGAAGUUACUUAAAAACCAUACGUGGUCUUGAGUGCCCAGCAAAAUAACAAUAAAAAUGCAUGAAGGAUAGCAUACAGUUUAAUGCUGUUAUUUUAGUAGCCAUUUAGUGUGUGAUGUGUUUAUUUAGUGUGUGAUGUGUUUAUUUAGUGAUGUGUUUACAAAGUGUAUGUCAGUGUCUGUGACCACUCCUGAAACAACUGACACAUUCACAAACUAGGUAUUAAAAAACCAAGGUGCUCCCAGCGUGUUUUGAAUCCCUUUGAGAGGAAAGGAAGUUUGAACGGAGACUUCAGUGUCAGAAGAUUGUUCUGUAUAGCAGGCUGCAGCUUUGAGUGACAGGCGUAGUAGGUCUUGCACAAGCUAUGCAAGUAAUAUGGUAAGUGCCUCAGGUCUGAAGAAAAAUGACCAAGCUAGUGGGAGUUAAUAAUGAACUGCUGUGGCAAAAGGUUAGCCCCACUGAGGAUUUAAAAAACCCUAAUGGACAAAUUUUGUCCUGAUUUGCAAUUUAAUUAGUACUGUACCAUGAGUGAAGUUUCAUUUACUUUUUAAAAUUGAAUUAUUUCACUUAAACAGCUACUCACAUAAAUCACGUAAUACUAAAUAAAAAAAAAAAAUACAUUACAUAUUUAUAUAUAUAUAUAUAUAUAUAUAUAAAUAAAUGCUGGUACAGUAAUAAAUAUAUGGAUUUCAUUUUUUUCUGCAUGACAGAACAGGGAAAUUACAGCUAUUAAAAUAAAUCAAAAGCAAUUAAUGUUACAUGUAAUUAGAAUUAUUUUAGUAUACCAGUAAUUUAGUAUUAAAUAUUAAAAAUAAUUGUCAGGUAUACUGCUUUUCUAAUACCUAAUUAUGAAUGUCCAAAUUAAUUCCUAAUUAGAUUCUUAUGUUCUCUUAUAAAAUUAGCUAGGUAGUGCAAUAUUAAUGCAAUUGUUUGGUAUUUGUGGAACCAGACGAUUGUGUUACUGUUGUGUUUAAUCCUCAGUUAGUAAAACCUCAGCCAGUAAAACUUAAACUCUCACCCCUUAUCAAAAAAUAAAAUAAUACCAAAUGUGUCUGUCCAGAUGUUGGUUCUUGGCUUAACAACUCUGCAGCUCUGUCCUGGCUGACAUGAUUCCUGCUCUAUCUGCAUCCUUGCCAGUCCAUUAAAAAGUGUGAUCUUUUCCUAGCAGUGGUGUGAGAUGGCUGUCAGCACUAUGGAAUGGUUUGCCUUCCUUUUAGCCAAAGCACAAGAGAGUGAAGAGCAGACAUUGCUUUCAGCAUUACCUGAAAAGACAUGCUGGGCCCACUGCCAGAGCACUGCUUUAAAAUAGGAUCUGCAACAGUGAAGCCAAAGGUACAAAAUUAUUGAUUUUAUGUUUGUUAAAGGGAAUGGGCAGGUUCCAAAGGGAGUAUUCUACGUGAUAUACAAAGCUAAAAGAUCACACCUUGAGCUGAAAGCAGAUCCCAAAGUGAAGCAAUGGCCCAGUCCCAGGGGAUUGCAGGAUAAGCAUGUAUUAAAUUCCGCUCCUUUUUGAUGGUCAGUCUUUGCUUUACUGUAACGAGUUCUGCUGUGGUUCAGCAAACCUGCUUGUUGCAGACCUCUUAUUUUACUGUUACAGUGUCUUACAAUUCUGUGUUCACCUGUAUUUAUUAAGUUUGAAAUAAAAAAUUUAAUAAAAAUACACAAGCCACCUUGAUUCUCAGUGCAUAU